AUGUCUGGUAUUGCGACUGGAAGACUAAGUACAGAGCGUAAAUUAUGGCGUAAAGAUCAUCCAUUUGGAUUUGUUGCUCGACCCAUGAAGGGUCCUGAUGGUGCCUUGGAUUUAAUGAAUUGGGAAUGCGUUAUUCCUGGCAAGAAAGGGACUGCUUGGGACGGAGGUUACUACAAAUUAAAAAUGAUAUUCAAAGAAGAUUAUCCAUCUUCUCCACCUAAAUGUAAAUUUGAUCCGGCUUUAUUUCAUCCAAAUGUGUAUCCUUCUGGUACAGUCUGCCUAUCUUUAUUAGAUGAAGACAAGGACUGGCGUCCGUCGGUUACAAUCAAACAAAUCUUACUUGGAAUUCAAGACUUACUCAACGAACCGAACAUAAAUGAUCCAGCACAAGUAGAAGCUUAUACAGCCUAUAAGGAGAACCGAGUAUUAUACGAACAGCGUGUGAGAGAGCAAGCAGCUAGAAUGAGACCUGUGUAA